AUGGAAAAGAUUUUAACAAUUAUACUUUUUCUAUCAACAAUUUCAAAUUUAUACAUUUCAGCUAUACCAUCCAAUGAAUUGGUUUGUGCAGAAAAUUUAGCUACGAAAUUCAAUUUAAAAGGUUAUUUUCCAAACAAUGAUUAUUGUGGAAAUUCUUCAAUAAUCUUUUGUCAAGAUUCUUCAAUUAUCGGAGUAUCAAUUACUUUUAUUAAAAAUUCAUCUAUGGUUUUAACUGAUCAAGAUAUUUCUUGUUUUCCAAAUUUAGAGACAUUGACUAUUUGGUAUUUCACUCUUUCUCAAAGCUUAUUAAAUUAUAAUAUAGAAAAGGGGAAAAGAAUAACAUAUUUCGAUGUUUUAUGCCCAAAUUGCAGGUUAAUGCAAAAAUUAGGAAAUUAUCAAACUUUUAUUUAUACAUCAUCACAAAGUUUAGUUUUUAAUAUUGGAUUUCUUUGUCAUAUUUUUCAAGUUUCAUUAGUAUCAUUUACAGGAUUUUAUCUUGAAGGUCCCACUGAAUUUACAAAUUGUAAUUCAAAUAGAAUGAGUUUAUUUGGUACUAAUUAUCCAGAUUUCUCAAAUAUUUCAAGUCAAUCAUUUGUUGAAAUAGUUUUAGUAGAAUCAUUUGACAAAAAUUCAAUUUCAAAUUUUUCAACAAUGUCAUCUUUAUACGCUAAUAUAUAUCAUUUUUCAAGUGUUCCAUUUUACCUAACUGAAAAUUUUAAAAUUAAAUAUAUAUCAAUUGAAGCAACAUUUGAAAAUAUUAAUCAAUUAUCUAAAUUUAGUUUAGUAAAUAAUAUAAAUUAUAAAAGUGUUGCUAUUAAAUGUAUUGGUAAUUCAGUUUUUAGUUUUAAUGGUGAAUUGCCAGUUAUUAUAAAUAAUAAUGUUACUUUUGAAUUCACAAAUUCAAAUUUAACAAAAGUUCCCUCGUUAUCUACAUAUGGUGAUUAUGAUAAUAAAGUAACAUUUUCAGAUAAUAAAUUCCUAGAUUUACAACUUCCAAUUUAUGAUGGUAGUGGAAUUAACUACAUUUUCGAUUCAAAUAGUAUUACUGGAACAAUUGAUAAAUCUUGGUGUAAUACAAUUUUAUCAAUAAAAGAUAAUAAAAUGAAUGGUGAUAUUCCAUCAUGUUAUCAAUGUUAUUUUAAUUAUACAGGUAAUUUGAAUAUUCCAAAUAUUUAUGAUGGGUUUUCAGGUAACCAAUUUACAAAUUAUGAUAAAAAUAUCCCAUGUACAACUUUUAGACCAAAAAUUAAAAUUAUAAAUUCAACAACAUUAAAUGUAUUUGGUGAUGAUAUUGGAUUUGAUCCUUAUCUUUGGAAAUUUAAUGGUUCGAUUCCAAUGAAUUCAAGUUACCAAAUUAAUAAAUUUGGAAGUGAUUACACAUGUAAUAUUGGUAGUAAUAUUGGUUUAGAUUAUUUUUCAAUUUUAUUUACAAUUCCUCAUGAAUUUUUAUACACAUUUCCAAUAAUUGAAAAACCAAUAAUCGUUUCAAAUUUAACGAUUUCAAAUAAUGAUAAUAUUUUUACAUUUUCAGGUUUAUAUUAUUCAAGUUAUGUUGGUUAUAAGAAUCAAGUGAUUUCAAUUGAUGGACUUGAAUGUACCCAAAUUAGUUCAAAUUUCUUUGAAACUAAAUGUUCUCCACCAUCACCAUCAUCAACACCAACUAUAAAUAAAGAUAAACUUAAUUUAGUUAAUAUUGGAAUUGACAAAUUUCAAACUAAAUUUUACAUAAAUUCAACUAUUGAAAGUGGUAAUGAAAUAACAUGUUCAAAUUGUAAUGGUAAUUUCGAUAUUUGUGAUAAAAGUAGUGGGAGUUGUUUUUGUGAAAAUGGGAAAUACUAUUCAGGAUGUUUAUGCUUAGAUUUAAAAUUUGAUGGCUCAUGUUUCCAACUAAACCCAUUCAUAUCAUCAAUUACUCCUUCAACAACUGAUGGUGGUAUAUCAACUAUUUUCGGUUCAUUUGGUUUUUUUAAUUUUAAUUAUUCAGUUUUAAUCGAUGGUACACUUUGCAAAGGUGUUAACUAUUCAAAUGAUGAAAUUAUAUUUAUUUCACCUCCAGGUAUUGGUAUUAAAAAAUUAACUCUAAUCAUCAAUAGUUUAUCACCAUUGAAUGCUAUUUACAAUUAUGAAAAUAAAUUUGUUGAAUGUCCAGGUAAAAUUAAUAAUUGCUCAGGUAAUGGAAUUUGUAAAUCUAAUGGUGAAUGUCAAUGUAAUUCAGGUUGGACUUCAUUUGAUUGCAGUAUUGUAUUUAAUGAUAAUAAUAAUAACCCACCAACUAAUAAUGAAAUUGAUUCAAAUUCAGGUGGUACAAAUAUUAUUAACCAAGAUGUUAAAUUUCAAAUUUAUUUAAAAACUUUAAAAGAAAUUAAUUAUCAAGGUAGAAUAAUUAAAGAAUACCAAUUACAAAAUAAUUGGGAUUUAAAUUCAACAGAUUUAACUAAUCAAUAUAAAUUUAGUCAAAAAUUAAUUGAAAAUAAGUCAACAACGAUAAUAUCAUUAAUUGAAGAAGUUGUGAAUCCAGAUGGAAAAGAAUAUAGAUUCGCAGGAACUUCAUUUAAAUUAAAUCAAGGUUCAAUUAAAUUUACAAUUUCAAUUUAUAAUUAUUCAUUUCAAAGUAAUUUAAAUACAUUACAAUUAGAUUUAAUAUCAAUAGUUGAUCAAUCAGCAAUAACAACUAUUAAUGACGAUGAUAAUAAUUAUGAUACUGAUAAUGAAUGUAAUUCAAAAUCUAUUGAAAUUGAUACAAAUAAUUUAAAUGAUUUAUCAAAUUUUAAUUAUAUUAAAAUUUCAAAAAAUAAUAAAAUUUUAGAAGGAAGGUUCAUUAAUAAAGUUGUAUCAGAUGGUAGAGCAACAUUCUUUUCUACUAGUAUUACAAAUAAUUCAAAUUCAAUUACAGUUUCUUUAAAUUUACCACAUUGUAAAAGUGAAUGUAUAAUUGAUCCUGAUUUCUCAUUAAUCGUUUCACCUGAUUUCAAAUCUGAAUGUAAUAAUGAAAACUCAAAUCGAAAAUGGUUAAUUCCAGUUGCUGUUGUAAUUCCUGUAAUUUGUAUUUCAGCAAUAGUAACAAUUUCAACACUUAUUUAUAUGAAGAGAGUUCAUUCAAAUCAUCCAUUAAUGAAACUUAUAAAAUUAAAUAAAAAAAUUAUUAAUAAAUAA